AUAAAUUCCUUUUUUUCUUUCCUCCAACCACUCAUUCUCUCUCUCUUUCGCCAUUUUCCCGGGAAAAUAACUGCCUCUGCCACCGUCACUAUAUUCACUUUACUAACAACUAUGAGCUUGAGCAUGAGCAUGCUCUCAUGCCAACGCUCCACAAUGCUAGCAGCACAAAACAAGUCUCCUUUUCUUCGCCGAUUCCGAUUCUUCAAACCUCACCGUUCCAGAUUUCGCUGUUUGCUUCACCAAAUCGCUGUUCCGACGUCCCUGGCACCAGUUCUCACCUCCGAUAACGUUAUCGCCGCCGCCGCCAAAGCCGCCUCCGUCCAUAGCGCCGUCUCCUCCGCCAUCACGCAGGUUGCCGUCACCGCCGUCGCAAUUGCUUCCGGCGCUUGUCUUUCCACCAAGGUUGACUUCUUAUGGCCAAAACUGCAGGAGCAACCAGGUACUAUGAUGCAGGAUGGAGUAGAUGUUACUGGCUACCCUAUAUUUAAUGACGCAAAGGUACAGAAGGCUAUAGCUUUUGCAAGGAAAGCACAUCGUGGCCAAAUGCGGAAGACAGGAGACCCUUAUUUAACACACUGUAUCCACACAGGAAGAAUUUUGGCUGAGUUGGUUCCAUCAAGUGGUAAACGAGCUGUUGACACUGUUGUGGCUGGUAUUUUACAUGACGUGGUUGAUGACACUUGCCAAAGUCUGCAGGACAUUGAGGCAGAGUUUGGGGAUGAUGUGCUCAAGUUGGUAGCCAGUGUUUCAAGAUUAAGCCAUAUUAAUCAGUUAUUACGCAGACAUCGGAGGGUAAGUGUGAACCAGUGCGUCCUUGGACAAGAAGAGGCAAGUAAUUUAAGAGUGAUGCUUUUGGGAAUGGUUGAUGAUCCACGUGUUGUGCUCAUCAAGCUUGCAGAUCGUCUUCACAACAUGAGAACAAUUUACGCUCUACCACUGCAAAAAGCUCAAGCUGUUGCAGAGGAGACCUUAAUCAUUUGGUGUUCACUUGCUUCAAGAUUGGGUCUGUGGGCGUUGAAAGCUGAACUAGAAGAUUUAUGCUUCGCUGUUUUACAGCCUCAAAUAUUUCAAAAGAUGCGAGCUGAUCUGGCUUCUAUGUGGAGUCCUACUAGCAGAACAGGAAACUUGAGGAGAUUCUCUGUAAAAGGCAACUUGAUACCUUUGAACGAGAAUGCUUCAAAUUCUUUCUACAAUGAAUCAUUGACAUUCAAUGAGGACGUAAGUAUGAAGGAUCUUUUGGAAGCUGUAGUACCAUUUGAUAUAUUGUUGGAUCGGAGAAAACGGGCUAACUAUCUCAGUAGUAUUGGGAAUAAUCUAGAGACAUGCACGAAAUCAAAGGUUGUUCAUGAUGCUGGGUUAGCUUUGGCAUCAUUGGUAAUUUGUGAGGAAGCACUUGAGCGAGAAUUGAUUAUAUCAGCUUCUUAUGUUCCGGGAAUGGAAAUUACAUUAUCAAGCCGAUUAAAAAGCCUGUAUAGUUUAUACAGCAAGAUGAAACGAAAGGAUAUAAGCAUUGAUAAAGUAUAUGAUGCACGUGCACUAAGAGUAGUUGUGGGAGACAAGAAUGGAACUUUACAUGGUCCUGCAGUUCAGUGUUGCUAUAGUCUUCUUGACAUUGUACACAGGCUUUGGACUCCAAUAGAUGGUGAAUUUGAUGACUACAUCCUUAAUCCAAAGCCUAGUGGCUAUCAGUCCUUGCACACAGCAGUCCAAGGUCCGGACAACUCACCUUUAGAAGUACAGAUAAGAACACAGAGGAUGCACGAGUGUGCUGAACAUGGACUUGCCGCACAUUGGCUUUACAAGGAAACUGGAAAUCCUUUUUUAUCCAUAGACAGCAUGGAUGAACCUGAAACAGAAGCAUCUUCCUAUUUCUCUAAAGAUUUAGAAGAAGGAAGUUCUUCGGAUAUUUUUUUAAGUAAAUAUAAGUCGUUGAAGGCUGGUCAUCCAGUCCUCAGAGUAGAAGGAAGUCACUUACUUGCUGCCGUUAUCAUUAGUGUAGAAAAUGAUGAAAGAGAAUUGCUAGUUGCUGUGAGCUUUGGGCUAGCAGCUUCUGAAGCAGUUGCUGACAGAAGAUAUUCUUUCCAGAUUAAGCGGUGGGAAGCUUAUGCACAACUAUAUAAAAAGGUGUCUAAUGAAUGGUGGUUUGAACCAGGACAUGGGGAUUGGUGUACUUGUCUAGAGAAGUACACACUAUGUCGAGAUGGUAUGUAUCACAAGCAAGACCAAUUUGGGCGCCUACUCCCAACAUUCAUCCAGGUUAUCAAUUUUACUGAGCAAGAAGAAUCUGAAUAUUGGGCUGUUGUAUCUGCUGUGUUUGAGGGCAGGCAAGUGGAUUGUAUAACGUCUCAGUCAAAAUUUGACUUGGUUGCAUCAACUUCUGGGGAAGCUAGCAUCAAUAACAAGGUACAUCUUUUGAGAACAAUGCUUUCCUGGGAAGAGCAAUUGCGCUCUGAAGUAAGUAUCAAGCAAACAAAGAAUGAUGCAGAACUUUGUGAUCUUCGUGAUUCUCUUGGGGAAGUGGUAAUCAUAUGUUGGCCUCAUGGUGAAAUUAUGAGGUUAAGAGCUGGUAGCACUGCUACUGAUGCUGCUCAAAGAGUUGGUUUGGAGGGAAAGCUGGUUUUGAUUAAUGGACAGUUAGUACUGCCCAAUACAAAACUCAGAGAUGGUGAUGUUGUUGAAGUGAGAAUUUAAAUAAUUCGUUCUUAAAAAAAUGUAAAUAAUUAUUUAAUGGCCGUAUGUGGUUAAAGUAGAUGGAUGGAAAUAGUUUUUUAUUUUAUUUGGGGAUGGGGAUUCUUGGUAUAGUUAGGUACUUUCAAGCAAAUUUUAAAAUAUGGUGGCUUUACACUUGAUUCCAAGAAUAUGUUGGAUAACCACAUCUUGUAUUAUAAUUACUUUUUUGUUAAUAUGUUGGUUGUAUGUGUGGUUAUUACGCAUUUUUGGAACUAUGGUUAUUCACUGUAUUUGGAAUUAAGCAUUAAACCACUGCAUUUUAAAUUUUGUUUGAAGCUGCAAUAAUUUUAUCAAGAAUCUUCGGAAAAGAGCGGCAAUGCCAGGAAAAUGCCAUUGCCGUGUAUUUGAUUGUUAGAAAUAGUUGUAUGAUACAUUUAGUUUUAUAGCAAAACGCAGGCUUAGGAUUGAUUUCUAAUGUACAGCCCUUAAAGCAUGGUUCAGUAUAAAAUAACAGUUCCAGCAGUGAAUUUCAGCAUGCCGUGAUGUAUUUUCCUUUUCAAUGUAUUUCCACCAAAGACUUCUCAUGGCAAUUGCAUGAUCUUAUGCACGAACUCCGUAGGUUUGGAUGAUAACCCUCCUUGUAAUAUAUAUGUUAUCACGUAUUUACUGUAUUCUAUUUCAAGAGAAAUUGCUACAGUAAAGUUUCUGGACAGGCAUCCAUUCCCCUAAAUCAUUCCAGUGAGAAGAACCACCUAUUGCUGACUGUUCGCUAUUACGGCAGGGCUUCAUGCAUAAGGAUCCUUUCUGCCUCAGGGUGACAGACUAGCUUGUUUUAUUUUGCAUCUUUUUACAAAUGUCUGGUUUUUACAUACAAGAUAGACGCUAGUCCCCAUAUAGCUUAUCAUUUUCACAUUUCUUAUGCACGUUUGGGCAUUUGAUGUAGAGUUAGACACUUCUCUCUUAUUGGUUAAGACAUUAUUGACUUCACUAAUUUGGGAAUGAAACACAUCAAAUGAAAAAUAGGACCUAUUUAUUAGUUA